GACAAAUUUAGACUGUGGAAUUUUUAGGUAUUAAGAAUAGACAAAUCAGCUUUGACGAAAUAUCCAGUUGGAAAAAUAGUAAACCUAAUAACUAACGAUAUGAAUGUUAUAGAACCAUACUGCUUGCAUUCAAAAAUUCUAUAUUUAACUCCGAUACAAACAAUUUUGAUCACAUACCUCAUGUGGCAGGAAAUUGGAUUUUCUUGUUUAAUUGGAAUUGGAUUUUUAAUAGUAACUGCUUUGCCUUCAAAUUUAACUUUUAAAAUGGUUGGAAAACUCCGUUUAAGACUUUCAAAGUGUACCGACUUGCGUUUAAAAUUAAUUGAUGAAAUCAUAUCCGGUAUAAAAGUAAUCAAGAUGUAUGCUUGGGAAACGCCAUUCGAAAAACUAAUUUCAAAACAUCGCAAAAAAGAGUUGGAAAUCAACAAUUUAUCGUUUAUGCUGACGAUACAAUCUUAUUUCUUUAGCUUCGCCUGGCAGAAAGUCUCCAUUUACUUUGUUAUAGUGGGCUAUUUGUUUUUCACGCAAAAGUUGGAGGCUUCAGCUGUAUUUACGUCGAUACAGUAUAUAAAUUUGCUUCGGCCUAAUAUCAGUUUUGUUUUUUCAAACGUUAUUAAUUACAGUGCGCAGAUAAAAGUUACUUUCAAAAGAGUUGUGGAUUUUUUAUUGGAACAGGAAAAAAUUGAACAGGAAGAAGUUGGUACUGUUUCAAACGAUAACGUUUGUCUACACAAUUACAAAUAUUGUUUAAAUGAUUUAACUGGUUUAAAAAUUCCCAAAUUAAAUAUUCCUGAAGGAAAGCUUUGUAUUAUAACAGGAGUUGUAGGAUCAGGAAAAACAACACUGUUGAACGCCUUUUUGAACGAGUUAAAUGGAUCCGAAGGAAAUGUUAAAAUAAACGGCAAAAUUUCGUAUUGUUCCCAGGAACCGUGGUUAUACGGGUCAACAAUAAAAAAUAAUAUAUUAUUUGGCGAAGAGUACAAUGAAGUCAGAUACAAAGAUGUUGUAAGAAUAUGCGACCUAGGGAAUGAUUUAAAUCAAAUGACAAACUCUGAUCAAAGUCUUGUAGGGGAGAAAGGAGUUAUAUUAAGUGGUGGUCAGAGAGCAAGAGUUAAUUUGGCCAGAUCAGUUUAUAGAAAAUCUGAUAUUUAUAUCAUGGAUGAUCCCUUAUCCGCUGUAGAUUCUCCAGUUGGUAGACAUAUAUUUGAGCAGUGUAUACAAGGUUUUCUAAAAGACAAAACUAGAAUCUUAGUUACCCACCAGCUACAAUACUUGCACCGAGCUGAUCUUUUGGUUAUUCUAAAUAAAGGUUGUAUUGAAGCUUGUGGGACAUUUGAAGAAAUACAAAAUAAAAAUGUUGAAUUAAUAAAAUUAAUUUCUUUAUCCUAUGAAAAUGAUAAAGGAAAUGAGAAGGAAAAAAAUCCGUUCAAGUCUAAAAACUCUGAAAAUAAUCUACUAAAAAAAAUAAAUAAUUACACAGCAUCAAAAUACUAUUUUACAUCGGGAGGCAAUUUUGUAUUUUUAUCUAUAUUUUCAUUUUUUUAUAUUUUUUGCCAAGCUUGUUAUUCUUGCUCUGAUUAUUUCCUCAAAGUGUGGACUCAAGAACGAAAAACGUCGACACAAAUCCACCUAUUGCACAACGAUACCCAAAAAAAUAAUUUUUACAAUAACAUUGAAUACGAAUCUGCACUUCACGAUGAAGAUAUUUCCUUUACAAUUACAUAUUCAAUCAUAACAUUGGUUGCAUUUUUAGUGACGAUCAUAAGUUUAUUUAUGACCAAAAAAUUUAUAUCAACAGCUUCAAAAAGUAUUCACAAUGAUAUGCUAUGUUCAUUGCUAGCGGCCCCUUUGAGGUUCUUUAAUUUGCAUUACAGUGGACAUAUUUUUGGCACAUUUUCUAGAGAUAUUGGAAAUUUAGAUCAAGUACUGCCAACAACUUUAAUUGAAGCUUCAAGAAAUACUCUAUUUUUAUUUGGAUCAAUAGUUAUUUUAAUAUUGAACGAUGUAUAUUACGUAGUGUUUGCAAUUUUUCUUUUGCCAUUUUUAUUUUCUCUUCUUUUUGGAUUAAAUAAGAUAACCAGGCGACUCGAACCUUUGGAAGGAGAAGCAAAAUCUACAAUGUUAUCUCAACUAAACUCAACUGUUUUGGGAUUAACCACGAUUCGUACAAGUAAAAAACAGAACUUGGUAAUUUCUGAAUUUGACGAAAUACAGGAUGUAUACAAUUCUUCGGGGUAUUUAAUGAGAGGCUUAUUAUACGCAGUAGCCACGUGGAUUGACUCCUUUAUGACAAUAAUUUUAGCAGCUUUAACCUUCUAUUUCGUUCUCACCCACCAACUUUUUCAUAUAGUUGAUGCCAGCACGGUUGGUCUGGCCUUAACACAAAUUCUAAACUUUCUGGGAAUAAUUCAACUGGGACUAAGAAAACUGGUAGAUUCUUUAUUUUUAAUAUCAACGGUUGGUAGACUGCAGAGCUAUACAUUUUUAAAAAGAGAGGAAUCAGAUGUACAAACAAAUAAUUUAGAAAAUAGCUGGCCUUUACAUGGCAAUAUAUUCUAUCAAAAUGUAAAAAUGAAGUAUAAUGAUACAGAAUAUGUUUUGAGUGACAUAAACUGCGAUAUUAAAGCUAAUGAGAAGAUUGGUAUUGUUGGAAGAACUGGUGCUGGUAAAUCAUCAUUAAUAUCCACUUUAUUCAGGCUUAAUGACUACGAAGGUGAUAUUUUAAUCGAUAAUAUAGAUAUUAAAAAGGUGCCUUUAAAAAAGUUAAGACGAAAAUUAGCAAUCAUACCACAAGAACCAGUACUGUUUUCGGAUACAAUAAGGUACAAUUUAGAUCCUUUUAAUGAAUAUCCAGACGAAAAAAUUUGGGAGGCCAUAAAAGAAGUUCAAUUACAGAGCAUUGUGAGUUUGGAUUUUAUGGUGAAAGAUUCUGGAAAUAACUUCAGUCUAGGAGAAAAACAGCUUUUGUGUUUGGCCAGGGCCAUACUAAGAAAAAACAGGAUUCUAAUAAUGGACGAAGCCACUGCCAAUGUUGACUUACAAACAGACCGGAUGAUUAAAGAUACCAUUGCAGAGAAAUUCCGAGAUUGCACCGUUCUAACUAUAGCGCAUCGUUUGAUGACAAUAAUGGAUUACGAUAAAGUGAUGGUUUUGCAGAAUGGAAAAAUCGUUGAAUUCGAUCACCCAUAUUUGCUUAUUAAAGAUGAAGAUACUUUAUUUUAUAAAAUGGCUCGAGAAACAGGAUCGUCGAUGUUAAACACUCUCAAAAGUAUCGGAGUAGUCGGAAGAACUGGUGCUGGAGAAUCAUCACUGAUAACAGCCCUAUUUAGACUUGCUGAUGUUGAAGGAACUAUAACGAUUGACAAUGUAAACAUAUCGGAAAUAGGUCUUACGAAUUUGAGGCGGAAAAUAUCCAUCAUCCCGCAAGAACCGGUGCUGUUUUCUGAAACCGUUCGGUAUAAUUUGGACCCUUUCCAGGAAUUUAAAGAUGAUGAAAUCUGGAAGGUCAUAGAAGAAGUGAAUAUGAAGGGAGCCGUUGUGAGUUUGGAUGAUAUAGUGCUGGAAGGCGGUAGUAAUUUCAGUAUAGGGCAGAAGCAACUUUUGUGUUUAGCAAGAGCUUUGCUAAGGAAAAAUAACAUACUGGUGCUGGAUGAAGCUACCGCUAAUGUGGAUCUAAGAACUGACGAAUUAAUUCAAAAAACAUCAAAAACUAAAUUUAAUUCUUGCACUGUAUUAACGAUUGCUCAUCGUUUGAAUACGGUUAUGGAUUCUGAUAAAGUGAUGGUGAUGGAUGGUGGCGAAUUGGUGGAAUUCGCUCAUCCACACAUUUUGUUGGACAACAAGAAAGGCAUGUUUUACAGUUUAGUUUCAGAGACUGGCGUGCAAUGAUGCAGGUUUUAAACCAAAUUGCCUACCAUGACUACCACUCUAUAUUUAGAAUUUUAAUAAGUUAAAUGUUAAUUAGGAAUAUUCGUUAUGAAACA